AGGAAAAUUAUGUGCAGUUGAUAGCUUUGUAAAAAGUUACAAUGGCAGUAGAAUAAAUUAUAUCGGAUUACGAACGUUCAUUGGUCAUUAUAAAACUACAAGUUUUCAUUUUUGCGUUCCUUUAGUCACUAAAUUUGAUAGCCUGAACCAGCAGUCUUAAUUACUUGGAUAUGAACAUGGUUAACGGAAAACUAGACUACGUUCUCCAAGAAGAUCAGCGAAUUAAACUAAUAGAGUUUCGAAAACUUGUGGCGGAUAUUUUAGAGCCAAACCAUGAUGAUCAGUUUCUUUUAAGAUGGUUAAAAGCAAGGGAUUUUGACUUAUCCAAAGCACAACGAAUGUUUAGAGAGAGUCACAAAUUUCGCAAGAAGAUUGGAGCUGACACCAUUCUCACCCCUGCAUAUGAAUUUCCUGACGUGUAUAAAAAGUAUCCUAUUUCCCAGUACCUAGGUUUUGAUAACGAAAACAGUGCUGUCCGUCUAUUUAUGGUUGGAAUCCUGGAUUAUAAAGGUUACGUACACUCUCUUCCCGUAAUAGAUCUGAUGAAAAUUCUAAUUUAUUUCUUAGAGAAUGACUUAAAGAUGAUGCAUGAAAGAAAAAAGAGUGUUGGAAUAUUCGAAGAAAAAUCUACAUUCAUUCUAGACUUCAGUGGUUUCUCCCUGAAGCAAUUUAAUGAUAAAUCAGUUAUAAAUGCUGGCAUUCAACUGAUAACUAUGUACCAGGAUAACUAUCCUGAAACUUUAAAAGCCGCCUAUCUUAUUAAUGUUCCGUCCUACUUCAGUUGGAUUUUCAAUAUAUUCAAGCCUUUCUUAAACGCCGUCACAUUGAGCAAAAUAAAAAUCUACAAAACAGAUGAAUGGCAAGAUGAGUUGUGGAAAAUCGUGGAUAAGGAUUUGGUCCCAGCUUUCUUGGGAGGAAACCGUACUGAUCCAGACGGAAAUCCUAAAUGUACAACCUUGGUCAACUGGGAUUCUAAAAUUGAUACCAUAUACUACAUGAAGGAGAAUAACAAUCGUGGAGGUCCAGACCCUGAUAUGAAAUCUGCAGUUGUGCAACAGAGAUCCAGUUUGCAAGUUCCUGUUGACAUAGAAUCCAAAGGCUCAAUCCUAAAAUGGGCUUUCAGAACCAAAGAAUGUAAUAUUAAAUUUGGACUGUUUUACAGAAAGACCGAUAAAUCCUUAGAAGAGCUUUUACCAGUUGAAAACGUAGAUUGCCAACUGAUACCGGAGGAAAAUGAAUACCUCUGCAAGAAAACUGGAACAUAUGUACUUUACUUUGAUAACUCAUACAGUUGGCUCACAGCCAAACAGCUCUAUUAUAAAGUGGAAGUCGAAGCACCUCAAAUAAUUCAGACCCAAUAGUAAUGGAUCUCCAUAUGAAAUACUUUAUUUAUCGAAUCUGUAUAUUAACUGUAAAUUCAUCAUUCAGUUUUAGUUUCAUUUUGUGUAAUUUUAUGUUAUUUACAAUUCAUCUGUAUGCAUCUCUUUCUACAUAAUAAAAGACUGGCUCUGGUUUGUGCAUUUA